AUGGAAAACGAAACCUUCAUAAAGGAAUUUAUUUUUCUGGGUUUUUCAAACCAUCCAGAUCUCUAUAUUCUAUUCUUUUUAAUAUUCUUAGCCAUCUACACAAUAACUUUAGUGGGGAAUGCUCUGAUCUUCACCUUGAUCAAGACUGAUGUGACUCUGCAUGCACCUAUGUACUAUUUCUUGACAAAUUUGUCCUUCCUAGACAUUUGUUAUACUUCUGCCACAGUCCCUGUUAUGCUGAUAAAUUUCUUUCGACUGAGGAAAACUAUCUCAUAUAUAGGAUGCAUUGCCCAAUUGUUCUUCCUCAUUUCUUGUGCAGGAACAGAAUGUGUACUCUUGGCUGUCAUGGCAUAUGAUCGAUAUGUGGCUAUCUGUAGUCCUUUGCAUUAUUCCUGCAUCAUGAACCAUAGUGCUUGCAGGAAGAUGGCAGGGUUCUCCUGGUUGUGUGGUUUAGCAAAUUCAUUGGUGCACACCCUCCUCACAUCAUCCUUAAUUAUCUGCAAGUCCAAUCAGCUCAGCCAUUUCUUCUGUGAUGUCCCCUUGCUUCUGAAGCUCUCUUGUUCAGAUACGUCAGUGAAUGAAGCUGUACUCCAUCUAGCCAGUGCCUUAAUAGGACUCAGCCCCUGCCUCUUCACGCUGAUCUCCUACAUCCGCAUCAUUGGCACCAUUCUGAAGAUCAACACCUCCAAAGGCAGAACUAAGGCUUUCUCUACCUGUGUGUCACAUCUGAUUGUGGUUGUGGUAUUUUAUGGUACUGCUAACUUCAAUUAUAACAGGCCUAGUUCGGGAUACUCUCUGGAUAUUGAUACUUUGGUUUCCUCUCUAUAUUGUAUUGUGACACCCAUGUUAAACCCAAUUAUCUAUAGUCUCAGGAAUAAAGAAGUAAAGGCCAGCCUAAUGAAAAUGAGCAACAAGUAUUUUUCUUCAGCAGUUUAA